GUAAAAACAGCCAAUACCUGAUUGUUUAACAUAGCAAACCAAAUAUAGAGAAAAACAUAGGGUCAGUGAAUAAUAAUGCUCAGAAACUAGUUUCGUUUUCAAGUCGUGUUGUAAUCAAAGCUGUUCAAGAUUGUACAGAGGCGGAAGCGCUGUCCGAGAUCCAAGCUGCCCUUGCAAUUUCAGCUCGUGGGUUUCGGCAAAUUCAGGUUUUGUUGUUAAAACUGACUGAAAGCGUGCAAAAAAAAAAGCUCUCUUUCUAAUGGCCGGUCACUGUUGCUUGUAUUUUACUGUAUGGGAGAGAUAGAUGUGAAAACCACUGAUCAAUUACUAUUGGUUGAUUUUGCGAGUAUAUAAAGAAAUGAGCCGUUCCCCAUCAUUUUCCAUGAAAUCGGAGCUUUCUCUCGAAGUCGAUGAAAAAUCUUUACAGCAAUGGGUAGUUGCAUUUUGUAUAAUUCGAUUCGACCUUGAGCGUGGCCAGCUCAUCGAGGAAUGUUUUCCGCCUAACUGUCUUACUCAAAGCGAAGAGCUUGAGGUCUCGUUUAGCUCAUUCCCCGAUUCAGUCUCGCAAAACCAUAACCGCUCGAGCAUUCACGACUGCAUCUUCUUCUUCCGCAUGAGGAGACAUAAAACUCCUCAGAAAGUUUCGCCAGAUAUUGUCGAAGUAAGCAAAAAUCCCACGAGCUACAACUCGAGAUUCUUGUACGGAUUCGUUUUCAACAGACAGAGGCACGACGAGAAAUUAAAAAGAGGAGGCGAACAAAAAUCGGUCGUCAUCCUCUCUCACAGCCCUUACAGUAGUUUGUUUAGGCCUUUGCUGCAAAUAAUGGGCCCUUUGUAUUUCGAUGUGGGAAGCAAGGCACUGAAUUAUAUCGCCGCUUACGUGUCAAAAUGGCCGCCACCUGUCCCUGGUCAACAAAUCGAGCUCCCGAUUGGAAAUUCCUCGCUUAAAGUCAACCUCCCGCCUUCUCACUGUUUGCCUUCGGAUAGCGGCUUUUUCGAAGACUCGGCUUCUUCUCUUGCUCCUUUGCUUCCUUCGAACCAGUCAACUCCACAGGGCUUAUUUCACGACUCUGAUCUUUUCGGCACAUUUCGUGGAUUGUUAAUGCAGCUUUGGAAACUAUGGGAAAUUCUACUUAUCGGUGAACCUAUUUUAAUUAUAGCUCCCACACCUCCUCAGUGUUGUGAAGCUGUUGCGGGUUUGGUUAGUCUAAUUGCCCCUCUCCUUUUCAGUGUCGAUUUUAGGCCUUACUUUACUAUACACGACCCCGAAUUCGCAAUUUUGAACUCCUUACAAGACGGGUCUUCUUUUCCUCCUAUGGUUUUAGGCGUGACAAAUCUCUUUUUUUUAAAAGCGCUUCGUAAUAUGCCUCAUAUAGUUUCAGUCGGGAGUCCUUCUCCGAAUUCGAACCGUUUGCCAUUCGGUUCUAACAUUCAGCAACUUUCUCUGAAAAAAUUUACUCCCACAAACUUCUUGAGUGCCGUGAGGUUGAGGAGAGAUGGGCCUUUGUGUUUAAUGUCGGAGCAUAAAGAGGCCGUCUGGACAAAUUAUGCUCCGGUGACUAAACCGGACACUUCUAUCUUGAAUAGGCUUAUCGAUGCUGGAAUGUCUCCAAGAGUUGAGGAGUCAAUGUCGGUGGUUAAUAAUGAUAUAUUGCGUCGACAUUUUUUGGAGCUGACUACGAAUUUUUUGGCUCCUUUUGGCCCGUAUUUUAGGGCAAAUACACCUUCUGAAGCUUCUUCUCCGUUUGCCGAUCCACCGCCUUUGCCUACUUUUAAUGCUGAGGAGUUUCUGGCGAAUUUGUCGGCUAGAGGGCCUGGAAAGUUUUUGCUCAAGAGGAUGAGGUCGAAUUGGCUCGAUUUGUAUAGGCGAUUCUUGAAAGGACACAACUUCUUGCCAUGGUUCCGAAGAAAACGAGCUGUUGCUGAGCAAGAACAGUAUAGAUUGUGGAGGCAAGCUAGAAUAAAAACCGACAUACACGAAUUGAUAGGUAGAAUGUCUGAAAUAGAAAUUGUUGAUUCCUUCAAUGCAAUCGAGCGACACCUUUUAGGAGAAAUCCAGGCAACAAUCUUGUUUAAGUAUGGGAGAGCGAAUGAAGAUACUGAGGCAGUGUGCAAGAAACUGAGAAAGGAUCUACAAACGGUCUUUAAUGUUCUCCCAAAGGACAUGCAACAGCUUUUGAUUAUGAAUCCUGAGAAGGCCUCUUUAUUGCAAGAAUGUGGGCCCCACCUCACGGUUUCACCCGACAGAUGACAUGGCGAAGAAGAAACUACCGUUUUUCUAAAAUUUGUCAACGGAAAGUGGGACAAAAAAAGUGAGCUCGAGUUGUACAUGAGGUCCGAUUUUCGAGAUGAGGACCAAGACAAUGGAAGUUUAAGGCAUGCAUGAAGGUGAUCGUUAAGUUUAUCGAGAAAGUUUUGAACAGGUUUAAAGUGAAAUGUGUCGGGUUUGCGAAAGUCUUCCUAUGGAUUCUCGUUUUCGUCAAUGGCUGCUCUGAACGAGUUUCGUGCUUUACCUUGGCAAUUCUGAUAUUUCUUUUGGUUGUGCAAGUGAAAAUGCAAGUUAGAUGAUAAAAAAACGUGUAAUUGGGAGUAAGAUGUAUUUUAGCAUGUGAUUGUUGUUUUUCAUGUGAGCGAAAUUUCCCCUCCAAGUGUAACAUGUUAAUAAAGCCAAGUUGUGAAAGAUUUGUCUUCAUCAAGAGUUUAUUCUUUCACAAUGGCUUUUGUCCUUUUUUUUUAUUAUUAUUAUAAUUUGGCUUUAGCCUAUAUGACCCAAAUUAAUU